AAAUGAUUCGUGUUAGUUGUUUUACGUAACUUGAAGAAGACCCCAAAGCUGGUAGCUAACUGCAACUGGUUAUUGUGAAUCAACAAUCUUCAAGUUUUCAACAUUGAAUAUGGAUAUUCUUAAAGCCGAAAUCGCAAGGAAGAGGAAGGUGAUGGAAGAGAAACACCUUCUAGAUGAUAACAAAAAGUACUUCAAGCGAGCUGAUCUUGCACGGAAGGAAGAGGAAGAGUAUUACAAAAGAUGUGGCUACAAGGUUGCUAUUGAAAAGCCCGUGGGACAGCCGGAGCAGAAAGAGGAAGAACCGAAGCCAUCCAGUUCAUCGAAUCCAGUGCUCGAGCUGGAGCUAACAGAGGAGAAGCUUCCAAUGUCCCUCUCUCGACAGGAGGUGAUCCGCCGGCUUCGGGAGCGUGGAGAGCCUAUCCGGCUGUUCGGCGAGUCUGACUAUGAAGCCUUCCAGAGGCUGAGGAAAAUUGAGAUCCUCGCACCAGAAGUCAACAAGGGCUUGAGGAAUGACCUGAAGGCUGCCAUGGAUAAGAUUGACCAGCAGUACCUCAAUGAGGUUGUGGGAGGACAGGAGGCUGGUGAGGUCGACACACAGCACGACCUGAAAGUGCACGAGGAAAACACCACCAUAGAGGAACUGCAGGCUCUGGGAGAGUCCUUGGGUACUGGAGAUGACAAUGGCGACCAGGAUGUCAUUCACAAAGUCUUAAGGUUCUUGUUAGGUGUGUGGGCUAAGGACCUGAAUUCAAGAGAGGAUCAUGUUAAGAGAAGUGUCCAGGGCAAGCUGGCCAGUGCUACACAGUCGCAGACAGAAUCUUACCUCAAGCCCCUCUUCAGGAAGCUGCGCAAGAAGACUCUGCCCGCAGACAUCAAGGAGUCCAUCACAGACAUUAUCAAAUUCAUGCUGCAGAGAGAGUAUGUGAAGGCCAAUGACGCCUACCUACAGAUGGCCAUUGGCAACGCCCCCUGGCCCAUCGGAGUGACCAUGGUGGGCAUCCACGCCCGUACGGGACGAGAGAAGAUCUUCUCCAAACACGUGGCGCACGUGCUGAACGACGAGACCCAGCGGAAGUACAUCCAGGGAAUGAAGAGGUUGAUGACCAUCUGCCAGAAGCAUUUCUCCACAGACCCCUCUAAGUGUGUGGAGUACAAGGCCCUCUGAGUCUCUACGGAGAUGAUGUCCUUUGUGUGUGUGUGUGUGUGUGUGUGUGUGUGUGUGUGUGUGUGUGUGUGUGUGUGUGUGUGUCUGUGUACACAAGACAAAAGAAACACUUACACAUGUGUCCAUGUGUAAAUAGAUGAGGACAUGUCAUUCUUCAAGUCAUUUUACACAAAUGUCCCAACACUGCUUCAUCAUGUGCAUACAGUGUGUGUGUGCUUGGGUGUGUGUGUGUGUGUGUGUGAGAGAGAGAGAGAGAAUUGUGUUUUGGGCUUAUGAGGGAUGAGGUGCCUAAGUUUUAUUAUGCAGAUCUCUCCAGACCAGUGUGGAGUGGAGGGUGGGAAUUGCCUGUUUUAGAGGGGUGUCUAUUUUAGGGCCCAAACUGUCUUUCACCACCAUGUUGUUCACCUGUAUUUUCAUGUUUUAAUUAAACAUUCUCAACCAA